AUGUUUUUAGGUGGUAGUCUUGUAAAUUUAGAAUUAUUUACAGCUCAUCCUUUUACCGUAUUUUUGAUGAUAGGAGUUCUCAUAACCGGUAGUCGAAUUAACCCAACAAUACAGUUCGUUGUUCGAGCUUUAAUAAGUUUAAUAAUGAUAAUCGUAUUUUCGGUUUAUGGUAUCACUACUGCAAUAAUUUUAUCAAUAAUCGGUAAACGUGGUUUGAUAAAUUGGGCGACUGCUAGAUCUUUUGCCUAUGUAGCCGGUAGCGUUGUUGGAAUAUCAUAUAAAGUUGAAGGUGAAGAACAUAUGCUAACUGGACAACCAGCAAUCUAUGUUUGUAAUCAUCAAUCAAUGGCUGAUAUGUUUGUAUUGGGAAGAAUUUUUCCAAAGGAUUGCGUGAUUGUUGGAAAAGCAGAAUUAAAAUUUGUUCCAUUCUUAAAUAUUUAUAUGAUCCUUGGCAAUUCCAUAUUUCUUGAUCGGAAAAAUCGUGAUAGUUCAGUACAAGUUUUAAUAAAAGCUGCGGAUGAUGUUAAAGAACGCAAGGGCACAAGAUCUCGUCUCAAAGAAGCCGAACUUCUUCCGUUCAAAAAGGGUGCUUUCUAUAUGGCUGCACAAGCCGGGAUUCCUAUAAUUCCAAUAGUAGUUGCUAAUUAUAGCGAUAUCUAUAAUUCAAGUCGAAGAAUAUUUCGUGGUGGUGAACUUCAUAUGAAGGUACUACCGCCUAUUGACACAACAAAUGUAGACAUUGAUGAUAAAGAACAAAUAAAUGCAUUGACAGAAAAAACUCGGGAAAUAAUGCUAAAAACUCUACGCGAGAUUACUCCAAAACAUAAAGUUCGACCAUUAAAUAAUAAAACUAGUAAUG